UUCAUUUCUUCGAGGCGACACCCAAAUUCUCUUAUCCAUUUGUUUAUCUCCUUCCUCUGCCGCUUCAUUUGUCGUUCUUGUCGACACAGACGGGGGCAGCUUUGCUGUAGAUUCUCCAAUUUAAUUUUCGGUCUGCGCAGGACCUUCUCUCCUUCUCCAUUGAUGCACAGGCGAAGUUCCGCAGUGAAGGGUGGAAUUCUUCGUUGGAAAAGUAAAAGAUUGGCUGAUGAAAUGUGUGAGGAGUUGGAAAAAGUACAUUCGAGUACGUGUGCGUGACUGAGCGUUGUGGAGGAGGAGGAGGAUGACGUGCUUGUUGCCGCAGUUCAAGUGUUCGCUUGACAAUUUUGCAGUUAAGGCCAAGUUACAUAGCUCGAAAAGUAGAGAAGCUAUUAAUAUUCGGGCACAUUGUGUCGUGUCAGCUGCAUCUGCGCCAACGUUGACGGAAACAGCCACAGGACUCGAUUUUGAGAAGCUAAAUUUAUCAUCAUUAGAAUCCAUUCCAGUUUCUGUUCCUGCUGAUAGGUUAUGGACGACAUCUAUAUCAGCAGCAAAAGCAGCAAUGCUUGCAUUGGAGAAAUUACCUUCUUUAGAUACUCUUCCGAUUCCAACAGCUGCUGAGAAAGAAUUAGCAUAUGCUCGAGCAGUUGAAUCUCUUCCUAAGAUAGAUAUUGGGGAAACUUUAGGUAAGGAGAUGAUUCUCACAAGUGAUGGAGCUGAUCUCUCUGCCGCUGCAUCUGAAGUUGUUGCCUUAGCUAAAGCUGCUGUCAAAUUAGCAAAAGAUGCAGCCAUGAUGACCGAUCAUAUUAAAUCCAUGAAGAAUGCUACUUCUGUCGGAGAUUCACCUGAAUUAGAUACUUCAAUUUUAGAGAAAAGCCGACUCGAUCAUCUUGCUAUCAGAAGAAAGUCUGAAGUUUCCGAAAUUGAGUUGGGAAAAUAUUAUACGUCGUCUACCCCUUCUGCAGGAUCUGAUGAUGAUGAUAUAGAGCCCAGUAUCCAAGAACUUGAAUUUCUCGAGUCACAACUUUCGAAUAGCAUAGCUGUCAGAUCAAAUCGUCGAGGAGAGAGGAAGUUCAAGAGAGCUAGAGCUGCAGAAAAAGCAGCGGCAGCUGUGGCUAAUGCGGUGCCUUUAAAAUAUACUUCUUCAAGCCGGAAAAAACGUCCUUUGAUACAGGAUAUAGAUUAUUCUGACCCGUUGCGUUACUUAAGAGGUACUACAAGUACUUCUAGGCUGCUCACUGCUUCCCAAGAACAGGUUUUGUCUAAAGGGAUUCAGGUUCUAAUGAAGUUGGAAAGGCUUCACGAAGAGCUUAGAGAAAGGUGCGGCGGCGAGCCUGCAUUUUCCGAUUGGGCUGCAGCUGCCGGCAUGGAUCAGAAAACCUUGAGGGAGCAGAUAAAUUACGGCGUUCAAUGCAAAGAUAAGAUGAUUAAGAGCAACAUACGCCUCGUUAUUUCGAUUGCAAAAAAUUACCAGGGCAUCGGGAUGGAUCUUCAAGAUUUAGUUCAGGAAGGAUGCCGAGGACUGGUAAGAGGAGCCGAGAAAUUCGAUGCUUCGAAAGGCUUCAAAUUCUCAACUUACGCGCACUGGUGGAUAAAGCAAGCCGUUCGGAAAUCUCUUUCCGACCAGUCCCGGACAAUCCGACUACCUUUCCACAUGGUCGAGGCGACGUAUAGAGUUAAAGAGGCGAGAAAACAAUUAUACAACGAAAACGGUAGAGAUCCCGACGACGAAGAAGUCGCCACAGCAACAGGUCUAUCGAUGAAACGUCUUUCUGCCGUCAUGCUAUCCCCGAAGCCUCCGAAAUCUCUCGACCAGAAAGUCGGGAUAAACCAGGACCUCAAACCCUCGGAAGUGAUUGCGGAUCCUGAGGCUGAGACGUUGGAGGAGUUGCUGACGAAGCAGUUGAUGAGACAGGACUUGGCGAAGGUUCUCGACAGCCUAGGACCGAGAGAGAAGCAGGUUGUAAGAUGGAGGUUCGGGCUGGAGGAUGGUAGGAUGAAGACAUUGCAAGAAAUCGGGGAGAUUAUGGGGGUGAGCCGAGAGCGCGUGAGGCAGAUCGAAACGAGCGCCUUCCGGAAGCUCAAGAACAAGAAGAGAAUUAAGGUUUUGCAGCAGUACGCCGUCGCGACUUAAGACCAUGUGCAAUGCGGGAACCUGUUCCUCGAUCUUGAUCUUGAUUUCGAUUCGGAUUUACGACUUCGAUCUUGAUCUUGAUUUUGAUCUUGAUGUUGUGGCUUAGUAUGUCCUGAAUUGUGUUGUGUUGUAUGUUAGAAACACCCUCUCAUUCUUGAUCCUUAUGUUAUGCUUAAUUUUAAGACAAAGCAAAGGCAAGAACAAACAAUUUGAACCUCCUUUUUUAUUCAAAUGUAGGUUGUGUCUUUUUGUGUUC